AUUCGUCAUUACUAAACGAACAUCAGCAAACAGAAAGCAGACGCAACAAACAUAAACGAACUACUAUUUAGAAAUCAGUUCGGAUGUUGGAUAAAAGAAAAUCUGUUUGAUUACUUCAAAAGUCAAUUGAAACAUAGUAUUGCCGUUGACGUAGAAGUUGAAACCGCGCACAUCGAGGAAUCGUGUUACCCAUGCAGCAUGCAGCACUGUCAAGUUAGUAAAAUCAUGUACGAUAGUCGUCCAGUGAAUGAGCUGAUGAUAACGUGGAUGAUGACGUGGACUUGACCGAGGAGAAUGGAGACGGUGGGGACUUCUGUGAGUGAUGAUUGGGCGUUAUUUUCGGGAACUGAACAUGUUGUUGAACGGGGAGAUAGAUGGUGACGACUGAGAGAUCAGGAGGCGAUGUACACGGACCGGAGAUCGUGGGAAUCGAAGUGUUAAUAUGUUAGUGUCGUGUUGGUUGAAUUGUGUUGGUGGUUGUCGUUGCCAUCGAUCGGUUGAGUAGUAGUCACAUUGUGCUAGUAAAGAGGUGUUGGUGUUGGUGUUGAGGUUGAGGUUCGUUGUGUCGUGACGAGUGGAUUUGUGAAGGAUGAAUGAACUGACGGGCAGACGGUUUGGUGUUAAUAAUUGUUGAUGUGAAGAUGACAGUUGACAAGAGAUGGUGUUAAUGAGUCUUUUGGAGUUGAUGGAGUGGUAGGAAGAUGAGAUGAAAUGAUAUGAGAUAUUUGAUUAGUGGGUGCGUGAGCGAGCAAGUAAGCGUGUGGAGAUAGAGCGGAUGUGUUGGUGAUUGCCGGAUGGUUAUGAGAUAGGGAGUUGGGUAAUCAACCGGGUAUACACUGGUGGGUGACCACCUCCGUUGGGUGUGACCAGUGAGGGAAUAAUUGUUUACAAUGUGAGAUGUUGAGAUAGAUGUACGAUAGUCGUCCAGUGAAUGAGCUGAUGAUAACGUGGAUGAUGACGUGGACUUGACCGAGGAGAAUGGAGACGGUGGGGACUUCUGUGAGUGAUGAUUGGGCGUUAUUUUCGGGAACUGAACAUGUUGUGGAACGGGGAGAUAGAUGGUGACGACUGAGAGAUCAGGCAUGAAGCAAUGAAUGAAACACUGGAGGAAGGAAGGAAGUACUGAGGGUGGAAGUAUUGUACAGUUGGAGAGUGAAGGAGGACAAUGAAUAAUGAUAAGAGGCGAUGUACACGGACCGGAGAUCGUGGGAAUCGAAGUGUUAAUAUGUUAGUGUCGUGUUGGUUGAAUUGUGUUGGUGGUUGUCGUUGCCAUCGAUCGGUUGAGUAGUAGUCACAUUGUGCUAGUAAAGAGGUGUUGGUGUUGGUGUUGAGGUUGAGGUUCGUUGUGUCGUGACGAGUGGAUUUGUGAAGGAUGAAUGAACUGACGGGCAGACGGUUUGGUGUUAAUAAUUGUUGAUGUGAAGAUGACAGUUGACAAGAGAUGGUGUUAAUGAGUCUUUUGGAGUUGAUGGAGUGGUAGGAAGAUGAGAUGAAAUGAUAUGAGAUAUUUGAUUAGUGGGUGCGUGAGCGAGCAAGUAAGCGUGUGGAGAUAGAGCGGAUGUGUUGGUGAUUGCCGGAUGGUUAUGAGAUAGGGAGUUGGGUAAUCAACCGGAUGUACGAUAGUCGUCCAGUGAAUGAGCUGAUGAUAACGUGGAUGAUGACGUGGACUUGACCGAGGAGAAUGGAGACGGUGGGGACUUCUGUGAGUGAUGAUUGGGCGUUAUUUUCGGGAACUGAACAUGUUGUGGAACGGGGAGAUAGAUGGUGACGACUGAGAGAUCAGGCAUGAAGCAAUGAAUGAAACACUGGAGGAAGGAAGGAAGUACUGAGGGUGGAAGUAUUGUACAGUUGGAGAGUGAAGGAGGACAAUGAAUAAUGAUAAGAGGCGAUGUACACGGACCGGAGAUCGUGGGAAUCGAAGUGUUAAUAUGUUAGUGUCGUGUUGGUUGAAUUGUGUUGGUGGUUGUCGUUGCCAUCGAUCGGUUGAGUAGUAGUCACAUUGUGCUAGUAAAGAGGUGUUGGUGUUGGUGUUGAGGUUGAGGUUCGUUGUGUCGUGACGAGUGGAUUUGUGAAGGAUGAAUGAACUGACGGGCAGACGGUUUGGUGUUAAUAAUUGUUGAUGUGAAGAUGACAGUUGACAAGAGAUGGUGUUAAUGAGUCUUUUGGAGUUGAUGGAGUGGUAGGAAGAUGAGAUGAAAUGAUAUGAGAUAUUUGAUUAGUGGGUGCGUGAGCGAGCAAGUAAGCGUGUGGAGAUAGAGCGGAUGUGUUGGUGAUUGCCGGAUGGUUAUGAGAUAGGGAGUUGGGUAAUCAACCGGGUAUACACUGGUGGGUGACCACCUCCGUUGGGUGUGACCAGUGAGGGAAUAAUUGUUUACAAUGUGAGAUGUUGAGAUAGAUGUACGAUAGUCGUCCAGUGAAUGAGCUGAUGAUAACGUGGAUGAUGACGUGGACUUGACCGAGGAGAAUGGAGACGGUGGGGACUUCUGUGAGUGAUGAUUGGGCGUUAUUUUCGGGAACUGAACAUGUUGUGGAACGGGGAGAUAGAUGGUGACGACUGAGAGAUCAGGCAUGAAGCAAUGAAUGAAACACUGGAGGAAGGAAGGAAGUACUGAGGGUGGAAGUAUUGUACAGUUGGAGAGUGAAGGAGGACAAUGAAUAAUGAUAAGAGGCGAUGUACACGGACCGGAGAUCGUGGGAAUCGAAGUGUUAAUAUGUUAGUGUCGUGUUGGUUGAAUUGUGUUGGUGGUUGUCGUUGCCAUCGAUCGGUUGAGUAGUAGUCACAUUGUGCUAGUAAAGAGGUGUUGGUGUUGGUGUUGAGGUUGAGGUUCGUUGUGUCGUGACGAGUGGAUUUGUGAAGGAUGAAUGAACUGACGGGCAGACGGUUUGGUGUUAAUAAUUGUUGAUGUGAAGAUGACAGUUGACAAGAGAUGGUGUUAAUGAGUCUUUUGGAGUUGAUGGAGUGGUAGGAAGAUGAGAUGAAAUGAUAUGAGAUAUUUGAUUAGUGGGUAUACACUGGUGGGUGACCACCUCCGUUGGGUGUGACCAGUGAGGGAAUAAUUGUUUACAAUGUGAGAUGUUGAGAUAGAUGUACGAUAGUCGUCCAGUGAAUGAGCUGAUGAUAACGUGGAUGAUGACGUGGACUUGACCGAGGAGAAUGGAGACGGUGGGGACUUCUGUGAGUGAUGAUUGGGCGUUAUUUUCGGGAACUGAACAUGUUGUGGAACGGGGAGAUAGAUGGUGACGACUGAGAGAUCAGGAGGCGAUGUACACGGACCGGAGAUCGUGGGAAUCGAAGUGUUAAUAUGUUAGUGUCGUGUUGGUUGAAUUGUGUUGGUGGUUGUCGUUGCCAUCGAUCGGUUGAGUAGUAGUCACAUUGUGCUAGUAAAGAGGUGUUGGUGUUGGUGUUGAGGUUGAGGUUCGUUGUGUCGUGACGAGUGGAUUUGUGAAGGAUGAAUGAACUGACGGGCAGACGGUUUGGUGUUAAUAAUUGUUGAUGUGAAGAUGACAGUUGACAAGAGAUGGUGUUAAUGAGUCUUUUGGAGUUGAUGGAGUGGUAGGAAGAUGAGAUGAAAUGAUAUGAGAUAUUUGAUUAGUGGGUGCGUGAGCGAGCAAGUAAGCGUGUGGAGAUAGAGCGGAUGUGUUGGUGAUUGCCGGAUGGUUAUGAGAUAGGGAGUUGGGUAAUCAACCGGAUGUACGAUAGUCGUCCAGUGAAUGAGCUGAUGAUAACGUGGAUGAUGACGUGGACUUGACCGAGGAGAAUGGAGACGGUGGGGACUUCUGUGAGUGAUGAUUGGGCGUUAUUUUCGGGAACUGAACAUGUUGUGGAACGGGGAGAUAGAUGGUGACGACUGAGAGAUCAGCAUUCCCUUAAGAACACCUAGAAUUAAACAAUGAAUGAUAUUUUAAAAUCUAAUGAAAUUAUUAAUAAUAAUGAAUUGGAUAUCCUUGUUGAUGAUAUAAAUGAUGAUGAAGAACUAUCUUCAUUAAUACAAUGUUUUCCUAAAGAAACUAAACAAUUUAUAUUGAAACUUAGAAAUUCACAUCUUGAUAAAUCUAAUAAUGGUCAAUUAAAACAGAAUAGUAAAAAGCAAACACAUCGAUGUUUAACAAAUUUUGAUGUUGAAGCACCAUUUAGUACAUCAACAACAUAUAGAAAUACAUUUUGUCAUCAAACUAAUAAUAAUGUUAAUGAACAAAAUGAAUCAUCUAAAUUUCCAAUAGGUCAACCAAUUUUACGAUUUGGUGAAAUGCCUGUUUUCACUGAUUCGAUUUUAUAUCCCGGUCAAAAUCGUCGAUUACAAAGUACAACACAUGAAACAUUUGUUGAAAAGCCAAUCACUUACACAGAACCUGCAAAACCGGUACCAACAAAUCUUCGUGUUGAAGGUGAACGAGAUUUUUUAACUACAAAUAAAAGUGUUUACACAGUCAAACCGAUAACAGGAUGUCCUGUACGUAGACUAAAGAUGCCAAGUACUCCAAAACCACGUGUUAGCGAACCAUUUUCUGGUGAAACUCAAUUUCGUGCAGAUUUUCCUCCAGAACGUGCAUGGAAUAGUGUUGAUCCAAUGAACUCAAUUAUACCACAACCAUGUCAACCGCCAAAAGCACAAAUUCAAUUGCGCGACACAAACGAGAUAUCUUUUCAUACAGAACAGCGUGAUCAAUUUCAAGGUCAUGAUGCUAAGACUAAUCCAAAACCAAAAUCAUUCAAACAUGAACCAUCGGUUUACACCAAACCAGCUAUUAAACUUGAUUGUAAUUCAGUGACGAAAUUGGAUUUCCAACCAUAUACAACUGAACAAAUACUUAGUGUGAACGCAAAGUCUACCUUCGGUCGAAAAAUAAUGAAUAAUGAAGACAAUGGUGUACAACAAUCUGGAAAAAUAAAACCUGAGGAAUUAAAACUACUGAAAAACUAUUUAAAAGGUUUAAAAUCAGCGAAAAAUCAACAAUUACCUAAAAUGUAG